AUGGUCUUGCCACUGUCCCUCCUCCGCACAGCCCAAAAUCACCCGAUGUUGGUCGAGUUGAAAAACGGCGAAACCUACAACGGUCACCUGCAGUCAUGCGACUCCUGGAUGAACAUUCACCUACGAGAUGUCAUCUUUACCUCAAAGGAUGGUGACCGUUUCUUCAAAAUGCCCGAAGUCUAUGUUCGCGGGUCGACAGUCAAGUAUUUGCGGAUUCCGGAUCAGGUUGUCGACUUGGUGAAGCAAGAAGUCGCUGAAGUGCGCCGGCAACAGAAGGAUCUGCAGAAACAACGUAAAGCUGCCGCUACGCGUGGACGUGGUGGUGGCGGACGAGGAGGUUCGACGGCAGGCCGAGGUGGUCCCGGAGGCGGACGUGGAGGCGGCAUGGCCAACCGAGGGAAA